CCCGUCCGGCGUGCAGGGCUCUGGGUGUGGCCGCCGUCUCGUGUGGCGGAGCCUGUUCCCGGUUCGCUCCCCGCAGCCGAGCGGCCAGCAGCAGCGCAGUGGUGGCAGCCGGGCUCCAGAUUAAAAUACAAAUUAAUUGGCACACACCCCCCUCUUAGUUCUUCACGUGAGACUCCUGAGGAAAACAGUCACAAAGGAUGAGCGAACUGGAACAGUUGCGGCAGGAGGCUGAGCAGCUGCGGAAUCAGAUCCAGGAUGCCAGGAAGGCCUGCAAUGAUGCCACGCUGGUUCAGAUCACGUCUAACAUGGACUCCGUGGGCCGAAUACAAAUGCGAACCAGGCGCACGCUCCGCGGCCACCUCGCUAAGAUCUACGCCAUGCACUGGGGCUAUGAUUCCAGGCUACUAGUCAGUGCUUCCCAAGAUGGAAAAUUAAUUAUUUGGGAUAGCUAUACGACAAAUAAGAUGCAUGCCAUUCCGCUGAGGUCCUCCUGGGUGAUGACUUGUGCCUAUGCCCCGUCUGGGAACUAUGUUGCCUGUGGAGGCUUGGACAACAUCUGCUCCAUAUACAACCUGAAGACUCGAGAGGGGAAUGUGCGGGUGAGCAGAGAACUGCCCGGGCACACAGGCUACCUGUCCUGCUGCCGAUUCUUAGACGACGGACAAAUCAUUACCAGCUCAGGAGACACGACGUGUGCAUUGUGGGACAUCGAGACGGGGCAGCAGACUACGACCUUCGCAGGACACUCGGGUGAUGUGAUGAGUCUCUCACUGAGUCCUGACUUGAAGACCUUUGUGUCUGGUGCUUGUGACGCGUCUUCAAAACUGUGGGAUGUCCGAGAUGGGAUGUGUAGGCAGUCUUUCACGGGACAUAUCUCAGACAUCAAUGCUGUCAGCUUCUUCCCAAGUGGAUAUGCCUUUGCCACUGGCUCCGAUGAUGCCACUUGCAGGCUCUUUGACCUCCGUGCAGACCAAGAGCUACUGCUGUAUUCUCAUGACAAUAUCAUCUGCGGCAUCACUUCUGUGGCCUUCUCAAAGAGUGGGCGCCUUCUGCUAGCCGGCUAUGAUGACUUCAACUGCAGUGUGUGGGAUGCGCUGAAAGGAGGCCGGGCAGGUGUCCUUGCUGGUCACGACAACCGUGUUAGCUGCUUAGGUGUCACUGAUGACGGCAUGGCUGUGGCCACCGGCUCCUGGGACAGCUUUCUUAGAAUCUGGAAUUAACUGGGUCAGAGUUUCUGUUCUCCAAUGGUUAUGUGGAGAAAUCCAUGCUACAGCCUAUAGCUAUGAGAAAAACUCCAUCUUCUAUUUGCGGAUGAAGAUGUUUCUAUUGAAAGGAAUGCAUACAAAAAGAAGCUUUCAGUGAACUACAACCAAACGGUGUAAAAGAAACAAUCAAGAUGAAGGUCCCUUGCUGAGGUCGAAGGGCCGGGGUAUUAGCUGGGCAGUUGUGUUGACUUUAACCCCGACAGACUCGCUUGUGCUGGUUUUCUGUAGAUUAGAACAGACACUCGUUAGCAGAUGACCAUUGUGUUUGCAUUUUGUCAGGGACUCCCCUUGAACUCUGUAUAUAUAAAAAUGUCACAUUUUUAAAGUGUUAUCACGGAAGAGCCAGGACUCAGGAUAGGCAGAAGUGAUAAUGUAGAUAUAUGUGCUGUCUGAAGGAGUCCCCUUGGGUUCUGACAUUGCAUUUUAACUUGAGAGUCCCUGAAGGCUUCCUGAUUAGGAGGGCUGAGAGGUGAGGUGGCUGAGGGAGCCAGUGGCUGGUUUGACGCAGUCUUUGCCAGCUAGGAAUCUAAGUAAGUGCUCCUUUGAGUCUUUGAGGUGGCAGGUGAUGUGAGGGCCAGGGGGUAAGAAUUUCACUUUGACACAGGAACAUAUUGAAGUGUCAUUACAAUUAUUACUAUAUUAAUAACCAGUAGACACUGGCAUGUAAUUUUUGGUAUUCUAAAAGGCUGAGCCCUUUGGACCUUUGGAUCUUGCUGUUAAUUUCACUUUCAGAAACCAAGUGUAUAGAAUAUACUAGUAUUUCCGGUUUGACAAAACCUGACUUGUCCCUGUAUCUGAAGACUUUUGCCCAGUAUUCUCUGUAAUAGGCAGGAAACUGUCUCACCUUUUACAUUCUUGAGAAACGUAAACUCAUCCACGCCACUGGCACUGACUUACAUGUAGUAAGAUGGCUUCAUGAAUUCAGUGUCAUGUCAAAUCUGUUGGAAUAAGUGAUCUGUACCCUUACACUUCUGCUUUCCCAUUGGUGGUGCUGCAGAAGGAAUCCGGGGCCUGGUGCCCGCCAGGCAACUGCUCUGCAUCCCCAGCUCCUCUGACGGACGCGUUCUGCUGCCGUGUAGUGCUGUUCUCCAUAGCAUGACACACUUGUUUCCAAGUAGCUUACUGCAGGCUGUCUGGAGCUGAACCCUCGAGCCUAAAGCAUUGUUUCAGAGGGGUUCAGCUCGCAGCAAGCUGUCCAAUUGCUCCGUAAAGUGUCUGUCACUGGGCUGUCCUGCCUCCAGACCGAACAGCGAUGCCGCUCCUCUUGUUUUCUCCUGCAAAUUUAAAUGACUGACACGAGUUAAGUCUUGCUGGGUGCUGCCUUCAUGGGUUACUUGGAUGUAUACACACACAUUGUUUUGUAACUCAGUAACAUGUAAGUUGCUGUUUAGCAAUUUUACUGUUAAAGUUGAGCACCUGUAACUAUAACCUUAAUAGUCGCAAACUGUU